AUGGAGCCCUCCCAAAACAACGACUCUACAGCCAUUAGCGAAGACGAAAUCGCCCUCUACGACCGCCAAAUCCGCCUCUGGGGCCUCCAAGCCCAAGAAAAAAUCCGCAAAGCCUCCAUCCUCCUCCUAACCCUGCGCGCACUCGGUACUGAAAUCGCCAAAAACCUCGUCCUAGCGGGCAUAUCCUCGCUGACGAUCCUCGACAGCGCACCCGUCUCCGCCGCCGACCUCGGCGCCCAGUUCUUCCUCUCAUCCCAGCAAUCCGAGUUGCCACAAGACGAGUCCGCCAUUGGCAAGAACAGGGCGAUCGUGGCUGCUCCGGCGAUUCAGAAACUUAACCCGCGCGUUGCUGUGCGCGUGGAUGAGGAGGCAGACCUCGAGAAAAAGGGCGAUGCGUUCUUCGCUCAGUUCGAUGUUAUCAUCGCUACGGAUUUGGACACAGAUGCGUUGGAGAGGGUCAACGACGCCGCGAGGAGGGUAGGCAAGCCAUUUUACGCCGCGGGCGUCGGCGGCAUGUACGGCUUUAUUUUCGCGGACCUAGGACCGCACCACGAAUACGUCAUCCAGCGAGACGCUGGUAACCUCGCCACCAAGACGGGUCCCGAAACUCCCACGCGCUCCGUGCUCUCCGUCCGCACAAAGAAAGAGGGUCCCCGCAUCGUCGAAUCCGUGACCAAGCGCGAACUCUACUCCCCCUUCCAAACAUCCUGCCUAUCCGCUAAACUCCCCCAAGAAUACACAAAGUCGAAACGUCGCCUGCGCGGCGUAACGCCCGUGCUCUCUUGUCUCCGCGCCCUAUGGUCCUUUUCUUCUCCUUCCGAAACUGCUACCACCACUACUACAGAAAACGGAACUACCGCUCGUCGCCUACCCCGUCAAGAUAACCGCGAAGACCUUGCCGCAUUCACCCAGCUCGCCAUGGCCAAACACGCCGAGUUGGGCUUACCCCCCGAGACGUUGACACCCGAGGUCAUCCGUCGAUUCCUGCAGGGCGUCGGCUGCGAGAUCGCCCCCGUCACGGCCGUCCUAGGUGGUCAGCUGGCUCAGGACGUCAUUAAUGUUUUGGGAAGGACGCAGCAGCCCGUUCAGAAUGUGGUUGUGUUUGAUGGCGAUAAGAUGGAGGCGCAGAUGUAUGCUUUGCAUCCUGAGGCGGAUGUGGAUGGUGCGAAUGGGGGAGCUUAA